UGCCCUGCAGAGACUGAUCACACCCCUGCAGUUCGAUGUACAUGGGCUUUAUUUUUUGAGUCCCUCCCAGAAAUUUAUUUUCCGAAAUUAAGGCAUUUGUGUAGAUACAAGAAAGAGGAACUCUUCAAAAUGUGGAACAAAAGAAAACUGCUUCUUGCUGCAGGGAUUUUCAUAGCUCUCUGCUACAAAGCGACAGGUAAUAGGGAAAAACCACUGGACAUGGCCCCAAAUGCUGUAGAUAGCCGGUACGAUGGAUGUCGUGAACAGGCCUUGGAGAAGUUUAUCCAUUCAGGCCUGCUAGAACAAGAGCUAAACGACAAUGUAUUAUUCCAGAAUACAUGGAAAGAGGAGAAAUGUUCAGAUGUAAUCCCUGGAAAAACAAUAAAUCAUACUAAGGCACAAUUGGCUUAUACAUCUGUUGGUACAAAUUUUCUGAAGACCUUUAACAAUGCAGUGGAGACAAUGGGGGUAAAUGUCAGCACCUACGAAAACAACUUCCAUUUCAAGUCUCUUCACUUCCUGCUCAUGGAUUCAAUGACGGCGAUGCCUUCAGAGAAAUGCAAGACUGUGUAUGCACUGCCAGAAGAACAUUACACAGCAAUAAAAGGCUCGAAAGUGAGAUUAGGACGGUUCAUCAUAGCUCAUUCAGACUCAAAACAAAUGGAAGAUCUUGACGGGCAAGUCCUAUUGCGAAUCACUUCUUGCUUCUUUGCCAACUCCAUGAUGAACAUUUGCAAAAAAGAGGAUGUCAUACUCUUAUCUCCAGCUGAAGUGUUCACAGUGGAGGAUGUACAGGACAUAACCGAUGAAGUUGCAGACACUGAAUACACUGAGAUCUUUUUGAAGCACUCAGCAAUAUCCCCCUCAAACAAAUGUUACAUUUUUUCAAGGUCUCCAGCUAAUGCCUGCAGCCGGUGGAUUGUGCUGGUGCUUGUGGCUUUAUCUCUUUUUACUUUCUUUACCUGUUGAGCAGAAGAGUCAGCGUCUGAGAUUUCUGCCUAUCAAUGUGCUGCAAGCUUUUGUAGUUGGCUUCCAAAAUAUCGCUUUUGUUACAACAUUUUCUAUUUCUUUAUGUGUAUCAGCAAAAAUAUAUAAGCCUGCUAAUGUCAAUAGCACUGAGUUGAAGCAUUUUAUACCUUUAGUAGACAGUUUUAAGUAGAGAAAUGACAGGGAAUGAGUUCAGAUAGAGAGAGAAGAGGGCUGGGUACACUGAGUAUGUCUGUGCAGUUCACGGACAGCACCCUGAUCCCUAUAGACCACCAGAGUGCCCUGAACUAAGGCAGUUUCAGCUAGAAUAAUAUCAGCUUUUAAAUGUAUGAGCUUAAAAGUACAUAACCAAAUAAACUGGUCGAACUGCC